CCGGCAAUGACGUUUCUCGCCGGAAACGGUUGCGCUGUCAAACGUCGAUCUGUCGGCCGCGUCGCCUCCAAAAUCGCUCCCAUCUGUCAGUGCCAACUUCGUCGACCUCUCUCUUUUCCGGCCUGUACGGUAGUUCUGUGAACACAUUUUUAUCGAGGCCCAACCGUAGCCUAAAAAUCCAGCAAGAUGGUGAAGGGAAAUCAUAUGAUUUCAAAUGGUCACUUCCAUAAGUACUGGCAGCGACACAUUCGCACCUGGUUCAACCAGCCGGCCCGCAAGUACCGCAGGCGCCAGAACCGCAUCAAGAAGGCCAAGGCCGUGUUUCCGCGCCCAGCUGCCGGACCGCUGCGCCCCAUCGUCCGUUGCCCAUCGCAGCGCUACAACACCAAGGCCCGCGCCGGACGCGGUUUCACCCUGGCCGAACUGAAGGCUGCUGGUCUGACCAAGGGGUUCGCCCAGACCGUCGGAAUCGCCGUCGAUCCCCGCCGUCAGAACAAGUCCGUUGAAAGCCGUCAGCAGAACAUCCAGCGCCUGAAGGAAUACCGCAGCAAGCUGAUUCUGUUCCCGAUCCACGAGAAGAAGAAGCUGCGCAAGGGUGAGGCCACCGAGGAAGAGCGCAAGCUGGCCACCCAGCUGCGUGGUCCGGUGAUGCCAAUCGUGAACGAGAAGCCCGCGGUCGAGUUCCGCCCGAUCACCGAGAAGGAGAAGAAGUUCUCGGCCUUCCUCGCUGUCCGCCAGGCUCGUCUGCACGCCCGUCACUUCGGAGCCCGCGCCAAGAAGGCCAAGGAAGCCACGGAGCAGGAGAACAACGCUCCCGGUGCCGACAAGAAGAAGAAGUAAGCGGCUUCUAGGACAGCCGCGUCUAAUUUAGCCGGUUUGUACAAUUUUACGGAUUAUUAUUUUCUCGUGUAUUUAAGUGAAAGUGGGGGAAAAACGAUGAGUGGAGUAAUACAAACGCUAUUGGAAGAGAGAUGUUCCAAUUCCAGCUAGGA